GCGCAAGUGGUUCCGGGCGCUAAAACAGUGACGUUUAGCACACGUUACGGUGACAUCACUUGGUAAAUACGACGGAAGUUGUGAAUCAGUCUUUUCAAUGCAAAGUUAAUGAAGAGAGAGAGCAAUUCUAGUUAAUAUUUGCAUUCUGUUGGUUGGAAGUUCCCACUAUGGAUUUGCGGAGAGUGAAGAAUGAGGAUAAACUAGACUUGUGUAGAAAGUACUACCAUGGAGGUUUUGCAUUGCUGCCAUUUCUCUGGUUCAUCAACUUCUUUUGGUUCUUCAACGAAGCCUUCAGGAAGCCCCCAUAUGAGGAACAGAAGCAAAUCAGAACAUAUGUGAUCCGGUCCCUGAUAGGGACGGUAAUAUGGACGGCCGCCCUCAUCACGUGGGUAGUCAUCUUUCAGUUGAACCGGGCAUCAUGGGGAGCAACGGCUGAUUACAUGUCCUUCAUCAUCCCGAAAGGGGAGCCGUAGUAGGCCCUGUUGCAGGAUACGCUGUGGUGGUGGAUACACUGAAGGUUGCUGCAGGUACAGUGGAGAAGACUUGCUCCUGAUGUGAUGAGUGGGACAGUCAAUUCCUGUAGAUGUUCCAUGUCAGACAUCAUGAAGCGAUUGACGCAACUGUAUAUAGAUCUAUCAUCUAAGGAAUGAAUGUGAGGAAUGAUACACUGAGAGUUAUAUAUAUGUAUAUAUAUGUGACCAUAUCGACAAGAGCAAUGUUUGGCCUGUGAACUUUGUAUCCUGGUAUAUUACUUGGCCACAUGUGUCUUUUAAAGCACAAUAGUUUGAACUGAACAUUUUCAAGAGGUUACCAACGUAUAUAGUUUGAUUAUUAAUGUCUUCACCACAUUGUGUCUCACGAGUUAGACUGUUGUAGUUUAGAGUCACAAGUAUAGGCCCCUGAGGCCUAUCUGAUUCAUUUAUCCAACAUUUGGGGAUGGGCUAUUUCCCCCUGAGUGGACCUAAUGCUGUUAUCACAAAGUUUGGAAGGCAAGAUAUUCUCUGUUAUUACCAUAAAAUAAUAAUUAGUGUGUGUAUAUAUAAAAUAUUACAUACAGUAGCAAUUGCAAUAAUAUUGCUAUGUUUAGGUACCACCAUACUCAAAUAUAAUGUUGAAAGACCAUUUUAUCAAUGAGAGUCACGAACAGAGAUAGUUUAAUACUUGUCCUAUCAUUUCUUGCAUUUAACUUUAUGCAAAUUAUUACCCAGGUAUAAAUAUCAUUGGUUGAAUUUGACCUUUUUUGGGUAUGAUGAAUCCUUGCGAACUCCAGACACAGAGGGAAUGGGUGAACUAUUUUUGAAUGCUAAGCAAUUGCCUACAGCGGGUAUUUAGUUUUGAAAUUUUUCGACAUCACAAUACAAUUCUUAGUGUUCCAUAUUGUUGCCAGCUGACUCAUGUUUGCCUGAUCACACACGGAAUAAUGUAGCCUCAUAUUGACAAUUUACUUCUAAAAUUACGAUACAGAUUUACAUAUUCUCACCACCGAAAGAACCACGAACCAUAGAAACAUAUAGAGAAGAGAUCUUUCCAGUGUGUACCAAUUAAUGACAAAACUAACUACCGUAUUUUCUUGAGUAUAGUGCGCACCCAUGUAUAAUGCGCACCCCCUCUAGCGGGUUCA